UUGAGCGGGAACUGAAACUGCCGCGGCGGACUGGAAGAAGCGGACCGUUGCUGGUGCCCUGCCUGGGGAAGGGACCAUGGUGCGGCCCGUGAGACAGAAGAAGCCGGUCAACUACUCACAGUUUGAAGACUCGGACAGUGAUGAUGAUUUCGUCUCAGCAAAUGCACCUCUGCACAAGAAAUCCAGAACAGCCCCGAAGGAGGUUAAACCAGACAAGCCAAAGUCAAACGUGAAGAAUCUCCAGGUGGAAGACAUCCCACCCCAAGAGAAGACCCCUAAAAAAAGGAUGGCUCUGGAUGAAAAACUCUACCGGAGGGACUUGGAGGUGGCACUAGCUCUGUCCGUGAAGGAGCUUCCGCCCAGCACCGAAGAUGUGCAGAAGUCUCAGGGGAGAAACAUGCAGAAAUGCAACAGCGAUGAAACAGAAGCAAUGCUGAAGCCUCCGCGUGUCUCUAAUUGCAGUGUGACCAGCGAUUCCAUAGAUUUGGAUACGAUUACUGAGGAAGACGACGUCGGUGGGGCCGCCAGGAAACGCAAAGCAGCGUCCAGCGCUGUGCUGCAGCAGAGGAAGACUCUCGAGGAAGAGGGUGAUGGCGACAGUACAAGUGACACUGAACCAGAGUUUGCAACCAGUGAAGAUCCCACAGAUGACUCUGAUUAUGGAGAGAGUGAAGAUAAUGAUGAAAACUUCACCGUGAGAAAAAGCAAAGUUAAAGAAAUUAAAAAACGGGGAGUGAAGGCGAAAUCCCCAGGAGGAAAGAAGGAGAAAGGAAAGAAAGAGAAGAAAUCUAAAUCCAAGUGCAACGCUUCGGUGACUUCCGUCAGCUCUGCUGCAUCUGCCAUCAAAACCAGUCAGUCUCCGCCCAGGCAGCCUCACCUCCCUGCAGAGGCCGCCAGGAGGCCGCUGCAGACCCACAACGCUGCAGCCGAAAGCAAGAGGCCCAAGUGGGUGCCCCCAGCGGCGUCUGGAUGCAGCAGCGCCAGCAGCAGCCCGCUCGCAGGAGCCACGGUGAAGUCGCCAAACCAGAGUCUCCGCCUUGGCCUGUCCCGCUUGGCUCGAGUUAAACCUUUGCACCCAAGUGCCGCCAGUAGCUGAGGGAGCUGGCAAAGAAACCUGCGACGCAGAGGGUCCCAGCUCUCCCCAUGUGUAUGUACUUGAUUUGUGGUCAUCUCCGUGUUUGAGGGGACAUUGCACCAUGGCGUGUUGUGUUGUAUAAACGUUCUCUCCGUCGGUGAUUCUGUUCUCCAUAAAGCUAUUCAAGCCUCCAGGAAGAGGUUUGUUUAUGACUUACCUGCUCAUGCCACUUCCUCCUGAGGAGCACGUGCUGUCUUCUUGCACAUCAGAAGUCACUGUUGGUGUGUGGCCUCGGUGUGACAGGGAGGGAAGUCGCAUCCCGUGCUGUUCCAGUUACAUCCUGUCUGUUCCAGCCAGUGCGUGACACCUUCGCUCUGCCUGGAGCUCCCUGGCCAGGGAAGCAUCUCCAUGGCUUUCAGGAGACAUUUCUGAUAGUUUCCAAACUACUUAAGCUUCAUUAAUGGUCAGUUUUAUUGCAAAGAUGUUUUGUAUUCUACCCAAAUCACUUUGCAGUGAGUAUCUUGCAGGUCACAGUGAUUUAAGUAGUCUGUGGAUCCUAAACGGAUGGUCACUGUGUAGCGAAUAGAAUUGACAUUUUAUGAAGUCGUCUUUGUCAAAGCCUUUAAUAAAAGUGAAAGUGCUGUUUUGAUUGAUCCCUUCUCAGGUAUCUGUGAAUGUGUGCAUUUCCUGAAGUCCUUGCAGGGAAUGUGAGCCUG